AUGCUGGAGACGUGUUACCGGCUGCACGGUGUGGAUCACUGGCUCUCCAAGCAGGCCCAGAAGUUAGAGAUGAUGCUGGAGCAGAAGUUGGCACUGCUGUCCCGGCAUUUGAGAGAGAAAACAUCGAUAGCUGCAACAUCUAGAGGAUGCUAUGGGCUGGAAGAUGAGAAAGGAACAGCGUGCACUUCAACAAGACGUCGUUCCACAGCUCGCAGUUUAGUCGGCCUGUCAACAGGCGUGUUUGAGUCUGUAAUGGUUCAGGUUCUGAGGCAGGAGGAGCAGCUGAAAGCAAAAGAAGAAAAGAGGCUGAGAGAACAAGAAAGAAAAGAAGCAGAAGAAGCUAGUCAGAAAGAAGUAGAAGAAUGGGAAAAGGCACUUUUAGCUCAAGCAGCACCUACAAGAAUGGAGACAAUGUGGGAGAUUCCAGCUAUUGGUCACUUUCUUUGUUUAGCACAACAGAUUUUAAACUUACCUGAAAUUGUGUUCUAUGAAUUGGAACGUUGUCUUCUGAUGCCUCAGUGUAAUGCUUUUUUAUCUAAAAUAAUGACUUCUUUAUUAAGUCCUCCUCAUCGCAGAUCUACAUUACAUCGAAGACCAACACUUCCUUACAAGGCUUGGGAAGCAGCACUUAGACAGAAAGUACAACACUGGUAUACUGUUGUAGGGCAGACUGACAAUCCUAAUAGCUCUGCAGAAAAACUUGGAUUGUGUCCCCAGUUUUUUAAAGUCCUUGGGGAAGUUAAUCCCUUACAGGAAAAACCAUUUCAUGAACUUCCAUUCUACCAAAAAGUGUGGCUACUAAAAGGUCUCUGUGACUUUGUGUAUGAAACUCAAAAAGAUGUUCAGGAUGCUGUGCUAGGUCAGCCAAUCCAUGAAUGCAGAGAAGUAAUUCUUGGCUAUGACUACUUGGAGAAUGCAUAUGUUCAUUUUCCACAGUUCUGUGGUGCAGAUGUUCGGAUUUACAAACAAAAACCUUUUCAGGCUCCUGAAUUUCCAUCUCCUCCCAUAAAAGUAAAAAAAGUACCACGGACUAAAUUGGAGAGAGCAAAAUAUCUAAGAAAAAGCAACGGGGAGGUUAGCUCUGGUGGUAAAGAAGAGCCAAUACCUUGUUCCAAUACAGAAGUGGGUAAAAGUAUGGAUUCCAUUGUUAGCUCUCCAGAAAAGAAUAUCCACUCAGAUAGUUUUACAGUCGCUGCAGAAGACAGGACACUUAACUGUGAAAUCAAAACUUCAGGAACCUGUGACUUCAAAAAGACUGAUUGUUGUAAAGAGAACUUGGGGAAGUUGAUUAGUUCAGGAGAGAUUGUUAGUGUUGGUCAUCACCUUAACCCGCAAGAAAUUUGGACUGUAGAGAAUGGACAAAGUUGUGCUGAAGCUACCAGAGAGAAACCCGAAAUCAGCUCAUUCAAGGAGAACACUCUGAAAGCUUGCCAAAUACAUGCUAAUGGCAGUCAUAAUGACAAUCCAGACACAAAUUGCUUCAAAUUUGGUAAAGAAACAAUGUUGGAGAACUCACUGCGAACUAGUAAGAAACUAAAGCUUAACAAGUUACGGGCAAAAAAGAAGAAAAAGAAAAAAAAGAAGUUGAAAGACAUUUUAAAUGAAAAUCUACAGAGAAAGCUUGAUGACUUACAAAGGAAGCGCGAGAUUCAUCUUCAUUCAUUCAAAUCUUAUAAAUCUGAGAUCCAGAACAAGUUGUUUAUAAUCAAAAAGAAAGCAAAACACAAGAAGCACAAAUCUGGAAAAAAAUCGAUAUCUAAAAAAGCAAUCACAAAGAAGAGGAAGGCUAUCACGAAGUCUGCCAUACCAGAAUUUCAGCUUAUUUGCACUAAUCUUGAUGAACUCAGGGAUUUAAUCACAAAGAUUGAGAAUGAACUCAAAGAUCUGGAGGACAUUAAAAAGAAAUCGGGAAGAUGGUAUCAUAGGAAGCAAGCAGUAAAAGAACUGCAUGGUACAUUAAUACGACUGCUUAAUGAACUGUUACCAUGGGAACCAAAGCUAUUGAAAGCAUUUCAAAGAAACAGGUCUCGAUUGAAGAAGGACUAUGAUGACUUUAAGAGACACCCAGAGCUUGAUAAGUUUACCAGAGAGUUAUGGAGUAAUGAUGAAAGCGAAGCUGACUCUGGCAAAGAUUCUUUUGCAAUAGUAACCAGUAAAUGUUCAGAGUCUGCAGAACAUGUGGAAAUUCCCCAAAAAGAUCACUCAGACAAUGAAGAAGUGAAACUCUUAGAAAUGAGUUUACCUGCAGGAAAAAGCAGACUUCUGAAAAAGGACUCAACUGCUAAAGAAAUACAGAAGACACUGCCUAAAUCUGUUAAACGACAGUCCAAGCAAAACAGUUGCCUGGAUCAAAGCACUAAUGAGCUUUCACCAAGGAAGAAAGCUAAGCUGAGCACUAGUGAGGCUGUGAUCCACAGUCCAGAAAAUAAUGUAAAUACAGACAGUGGCUUGACUGAGCCAAAAUAUUCUGAAGCAUCAUCACCUCCAGAAUCAAAUUCCCCGGCAGAUCCUGCAACAUCAAUAUCAAAUAUUCUGAAAGGGACCAAACCUGUCCAGGCCUUGCUUGCCAAGAAUACUGGGAACAAAGUGACCUUAACAAGUCAACUGUCACCUUCCCCAAGCAUUAGUAUAUCUGCUUCUGAAAAGCCGAUUGUAUCACCUUUGGAAUCAUCAUCAAUAAAACCAGCACUGCCCUGCCAGACCAUUUCAAAGAAUCCUUUACAAAUGAUAUACAAAAUGCCAAAUGGCCAUUGUAUACCUAUAGAUCUUCAUAACAGCUCUGUGAAAAUUCAGAUGCAACCUGUGAUUGACCCUAAAACUGGAGAAAAAGUCAUGCAACAAGUUCUCAUUUUACCUAAGAAUGUCCUCAUUCAGCAGAAAGAUGGAAAAACUGUAUCCAAAGACAUUCAAUCACUGCAACAAAAGCUUCCUGAGCUGCACUGUACAGGUUUCUCACAAGUAUCAAAUAUCAAUGUUUCUUUAACGCCUGUCCUGGUAACAGCACCCACCAAUCCUACCAUUCAACCACCUAGUGCAAUUCUUAGCAAAAGCAUCACGCAGUUGUCACAGGUGGCUGAUCCUCUCAACAGAACACAACCAUUGCCCUCUGUAACUCCAGCAGGCAAUUUAUUAUCAGCAGCAAUUACAGUGAGCCAAACAGAAAGUGAUAAAACCAAGACAACAGUUUCAGCUGCCACAUUGCCUGUAUCUUUGAGUUCCCAUGAUAUUUCCAUAGCUAGUGAGCCUUUGGUAUCAGCAGCAACGUUAAGUGCAUCUGCAAACACUGCUUCUGUCUUUCAUAGUCUCACAACACAGCAGGCAACUGACUCCCGUGAUACUAGGCAAGAACUGAAAACCGUGUGUAUAAGAGAAUCACAAUCUAUUCUGGUCACAACACGAGGUGGUAACACAGGAAUUGUAAAAGUGCAGACAAACCCAGAGCAGUUUUCACCUAAUAGUUUGUCUCCUACUUCAGUUUUCACUUAUGCUCCUCAACUUCAGGCAUUUUUGGUGCCAAAAUCAACAGUAUCACCCUCUACUCUUCCAUCCAUAGCAACAGCCACAUCUAGUCUCCCAAAUUUUGGACAAUCUUGUGUUUCUGGGCUUGCCUCUUCCACAGCUUCAACCAUCAGCAUUCCAGCUUUCCCUGCUGAUUUGAACCAGAUGUUGGAGAAAAAUCCCAAAUUCACUUUAGAACAGCCUACUUGUGGGGGCACUUUAGGUCAAGCAGUAGAGAAAAACUGCCAUGUGUCCUCUCCUUCUCUGUCCUCCAUUUCAUCAGCUAGUACUUUGUCAGCACCUGGGUUGUCUGCACCAAGCAGUCCUGUUAAUACAGUUAGCAUUGGACAGAAUAACACUGUCAUUAGUCCAGAUUCUUUAGUGCAGCAACAAGGUGAUAUUAAAACCAAAAAACAGCCUGUUAUACAAUCUGAAUUGAAUUCAGCAACAAAUGGAGAUGUAAUCAGUGGUAAUGCCAUACAAAAACUUAUGUUAGUCACAAAUCCGCCUAUUUUGUCCCCUUGUGGAGUGUCAGGAAUCAAUAUUAUACCUUCUCCAGCAUCCACUGGUGUUAGUGCUCAGAAAUUAGUUUUAAUUAAUACACAAAUUGCCAGUUGCCCGUCAAACACUAAUGUAGUUGCAGAGUCAUUGAAACAUAAUCUUCCUUCGUCCUUAAGCAAAACCUUUGUUGGUGCCACAGAGCAACCUCAGUUGGUUCUGAUCCCAUCCACAGUAGGUGCACCAGUACGAAUAAACUCAUCACCUACGGUGGCUCAAGUUAAAGACGUGAAAAUUGGACUAAAUAUAGGUCAGACUAUUGUAAAUACUAAAGGCAAUGCCCAUCAAGCUCCACCAAUUAAUGUAUUGCAGUCUGCCAUUUCAAAGGGAGAAGAUAAAAAGAAUGUGACUUUGUCAAGCGGUGGUGGUUUGGUUCCUGCGUGUUCAAGUUUUGUAAAUCAAAGUGGCAUAUCCGUUAGUGAAUCUGCAUGCAUUGCAACCAAAGCUGCAACUGCUUUUACAGUGACAACAGCAAAUGCAUAUGUAGAAUCUGUUUCAGUAACACCAAGUGGGACUUCUGGGACAUGGCCUACAGUUUUGAUUGGUGGAAGUGAUACCUCAAGAAUAAGGCCAGUUCUGGGUAAUCGACUGUGUACAUCAAAUACGGGAAGUGCUGUGGGUUUAUCAACUGUGAAAACUGGUCAUCUUGCUUCAUCUGUGCUAAUUUCAACUACACAACCAACAGUAUCUCCUCAAAAUUUACCAUCUGCUUUACAGUUUCCAGUCAUCAACCUACCUGGAUCUGUGGUCACCUCCCCUAAAGUGUUACCUACAAUUCCUCAGUUGGCAGCAGUUUCAGCUCCUCCUCCAGUACCUCCUCCACCUACACUACUUCAGUUUCAAUCAUCAGGAAUUUCAGCUGCUAUGCCAAGUAAUGCAAAUAUUCAGAAACCUCAAACUCUUUUGCCUCCUGCAUCACCAAAUGCAGGCAAAGUCAUUAGUUUUCCCAAUUUUUCUUCCCUACAGUGCCAGCAGAUGCCUGCUAAUAUAAUGAAACAAACUCUUGCUCCCACUUGUGCUUCUAACACUCAGACAUCUGCAGUGUCAUCACCUGUAACAAGCAAGACAGGAGGUCAGCUGAAUGAACCUUCUAUUCAACAGAAAAUAGUCAUUAACACUUGUGUGCCUUUGGCACCUGGAACUCAGAUAAUGAUUAAUGGUACGUGUUUCGUUGUUCCACCACAAGGCCUUGGAGCUGGCAGCCAUGUGCUUCUUCUCUCUUGUAAUACAAAACCGGUUCCUUCUUUAACUGUUAACCAUGGUCAAGAGGCUCAAGGUGCCCCAGUUGUUACUGCAGUACCCUCAAAGACCACCCUAGCACCAAGUAAUUCAUUAAGUUGGCAGACAUCAAAGCAUCCUUUGAAAAGCGCUACAAAAAUUGUGAACUCCUUUGGGUCUGCAGAUGCUUUACCGAUUGUACAUGCGACACCCCAGGUACUGACUACGCCAGCUAGCUCAACUACUCCACCGUCUGCAGCACCAGUGUCUGUGUCUUCAGUGGUAAAAUCGCCUGCUAAUGUUUCAGCUGCAUCUUCAGUGGUUUCUGCCAUUCAGCCUGGGAACAGUCAGAUACUAAAUAACACUUCAGUGUUUCACUUGGACACAUCUAUAAAAAAAUUGUUGGUCAGUCCAGAGGGAGCCAUUUUGAAUGCUAUAAAUGCUCCAGCGUCAAAAGUUUCUUCCCUCUCUUCGUCACUGCCUUCUGUUGUAGUGUCCACAAGCAGAGAUCCCCCUGCUGUCUUCCCUGAUCUUCAGUCGUCUUGCCUUGAUAAACCUGAUAAAGCUGCAUCCUGAAUUCAGUGCAAAUGAGCCACUUGGAGAUUUUGGGGCAUUUUCUUGACUUGAGAAGUUGUUGUUGUAACCGUUAAAUCAUUUCUUACAUUGUUUGAAAUGGUCGAUUUACUUAAAAUUACUUCUUAAAGUUAUAGUUCAUUUUUGUUUACUUGUGGGGAUUGU